AUGCGCGCUGGACCUGCUGCCUCCGGCUGUUUUCUGCCCCAGAGCCGCAUCCGUGACCUCUGGCGAUGGCGCUGGGCUUCGGCCCCCUCUCUGGCUGGGAUCCCAGGAGACUGGGAGGGCUGGCUUGGGGUCUCAAAGGAGUGGGCCGCCUCCUUCCGCUCCUUCCCCAGGACCCUCUGGCUGGCUGCACACGGCUGCUUUGGGCCCCUGCGUUGGUUUUCCUCCGCAGGCCCACCCGGCUUAGAGCAGUUCGCGCAAGCCUUGAAAGGCCCCCGAUUGUUCUCCGCACGGCUGCCUGUGCCGUCGGCACAGCGAUCCUUCUCGAGGGACCCUUCCGAAGCUCGGCUGGGGCUCAGCACGGGUCCCCUCAGCCCCAGCGGAGCCUCCGCCCUCCACCUCCCACCGGCCUUUGGCCGCGCCGGAAACACUAUGUUAGGAAGAUCCUGACCCGGCGAAGCUGGUCCAGCCCCUGCUUUCCUCUCCCCGCGCCGCUGCUCCAUCCUCUGAGGGGAUAGAGUGGCCGCUUCACCCAGCGAGCGACGCAGGCAGAGGCGCGCGGAACCUGGAGGCUCUGAGACUGUGACAGGUCAGGGGACAGGACCGAGAACCAGUGGAAACCUGUGUCAGGAGAGAGAGUCAGAGCCGGACUGCUCCAUGUUGGGACUGAGGCUUCUUCUUUUAGGGAAACAUGGCGCAGGGAAAAGUGCCACAGGAAACACCAUUCUGGGCAAAGCUGUGUUCAAGUCCAGGCUCAGUGAGCAGAUGGUGACUAAAACAUGCCAGAGAGAGAGUGGGGCCACGCAGGGGAGGGAGGUUGUGGUCAUCGACACCCCUGACCUUUUCUCCUCAAUAGCUUGUGCCAAUGACAAGGAAGGCUACAUUGAGCACUGCCUGGAGCUCUCAGCUCCCAGCCUCGACGCCUUGCUUCUGGUAAUUCCCAUCGGCCAUUAUAAGGUGGAGGACAGAGAAACAAUCAAGGGCAUCCAGAAGGUGUUUGGAGCUAAAGCCAGGAAGCACAUCAUUAUAGUCUUUACUUGGAAGGAUGAUUUGACGGAUGGCUUGCUGGAAGAUUACAUUGAAAGUGACGAGUCUUUUAGGGACUUGGUUCAAAACUAUGGUGGCCGAUACUGCGCUUUCAACAACAAGGCAAGUGAGGAUGAGCGGGACGCCCAGGUGAAGGACCUCCUCUGCAAGGUCCAGUGUUUGGUGGAUGAGAACCAAGGACCAUACUGGGUGAACUUCAGAAAUGAAGACAGUAGAUUCCAGGAUUGUGUGAAUGAAGCUACAUGUCAGAGGGAGGACCAUCCACAUGCAGAGCCCCUGUGCAUUAUCCUCGUGGGGAGGAGCGGAACUGGGAAGAGUGCCAGUGGGAACACCAUCCUCGGGAGGCCAGAGUUCCACUCUCAGCUGGGAACACAGCGAGUCACCAAGACAUGCCAGAGAGGCUGCAGGGUGUGGGAUGGGCAGGAUGUUGUGGUUGUGGACACUCCCCUGCCCUGCCUGGUGUCUGGAGCUGAAGGGGGUCCAUCCCAGGUCGAUGAGGAGGUCAAACGCUGUUUGUCCUACUAUAAAGAAGGGAGUACGGUUCUGGUCCUGGUAUUACAGCUAGGACGGAUCACGCAAGAGGACAAAAAGGCCGUGGCGGAAUUAAAGACCAUCUUUGGAAAGCAAGUUAUGAAAUACACGAUUGUGCUGUUUACCCGGAAGGAAGACUUAGAGACUGGGAAGCUUGAAGAUUAUGUCAAAAACACAAAUAACAGAUAUCUUAGGGACAUAAUUGAAAAAUGUAAGGGGAGAUAUUGUGCUUUUAAUAACAAAGAAACUGGCGAAGCCAGGGAAGAGCAGGCAAGAGAGCUUUUGUCAGAGGUUAGUAACCUGAUAAAGUGCCAUGGAGAGCAUGAAUAUCACCAUCCAUGGGGGAAUAUAGGCAAAAUAAUGAAAAAUUUUCAGCCCCCAAAAUUACUGAAUAAUUUUAAAAGUACAUUACUGCAAAAUUACUAA